AUGAUUCCAAUCACUAAUCAAAUAAUCAUUUAAGUUGUUUCUAAAGAUGAAUUUAUAAGAAGAGAAAAAUAUUCCUUUUUAUUUAACCAGAUUAUUGAAGAUACAUAAACGAAAUAUUGGACAUUUUUUAUUGAUAAAGAAUAUGUUUCAUCAAUUAAAGAUGAUUAAAUUAUUAUGGAAUUAUAUGAAAUGACUAAAGAUAGAUUAGGAUAUCAUGUUCAAUUCUAAUCAUUUGUUGAAUGUUACUACAGCAAAUUAGCUAAUGGACUUGAAAAGGCAACAAAAAAAUGUAUUCAUAAAACCAAUAUUCUUAGCCAUUUCGCCUAAAUUAUGCGUUGAUAUAGGUCUUUAAUGGGACAUGUUGACAAAAGUAAUUAAACACAUAGUUUCUUACUUAAAAUUCACAGACAACAUUUGCUUUGAAAUGGCUGAAAUCGAUCAAAGAAAAGUAACAAUUUCUCAUCAUCUUAGUCAAUUAAUAUUAAAUUAGAAGGUUUUGAUUCUAUAUUUAGAUUUGGUUAAGCUGAGCUUUCAGUGUCAAAUAAUGUUUUAGUUGUCAAAUUAAAUAUUGCCAUGAUGUCAAAUGGAAACUUUUAACAAUUAUUGUAAACACAAAAUAGAUCCAAACUAAACAACAGCGAAAUCAAGGAAUCUAUCGAUAUUUAGGUAUCAUUAUUAUCAUAUAUCUAAAUUAGUAAUAUUUAUUGUCUAUUUUUAAUGAAUAAUAAUUGUCACAAUUAUGA